AUGACUGCUGCUGCUCCUAUCAGAUCCCCUGCUACUCCACCUGCUAUUGUCUUCACUGAUUGGGACGGUACUGUCACUUUACAAGAUUCAAAUGAUUAUAUCACUGAUAAUUUAGGUAUGGGACAUCCUAAAAGAAUGAUUAUUAAUGAUAAAAUAUUAGAUGGUACAACCACUUUCAGAGAUGGAUUCAGAGAAAUGUUAGAUUCAAUUCAUAAACCUUUCAGUGAAUGUAUAGAAUACUUAUUAGCCAAUAUUCAAUUAGAUCCCGGAUUUAAAUCUUUUUAUGAAUGGUGUCAAGCCGAAAAUAUCCCCGUGAUUGUAAUUAGUUCAGGUAUGAAACCAAUCAUAUCUGCUCUUUUAACUAAUUUAAUUGGUGAAGAUGCCAUGAAAAAUAUUGAAAUUGUAAGUAAUGAUGUUGAAAUUAAUCCAAAUGAUGAAUCUGAUUGGGAAAUCAUUUAUAGAGAUCCUGAAUCUGGUUUUGGUCAUGAUAAAGCAAGAAGUAUUAAACAAUAUUUGGAUAAUCAUGGAUAUACCACUAAAGAUAAUACACCAGUAUUGUUUUAUUGUGGUGAUGGUGUAAGUGAUUUAUCAGCUGCUAAAGAAACUGAUUUAUUAUUUGCUAAACAUGGUAAAGAUUUAAUUAAAUAUUGUAUUAGAGAAUCUAUUCCAUAUACUGAAUUUAAUGAUUUCCAAGAAAUCUUAUCAAAAGUUCAAACAAUUGUUAAACAUAAUGGUGAUAUUCAACAAUUUAUUGAAAACCCUUAG